CUACCAACAAUAAAAAAAAUCCCUAGCGAGAAUAAAUCCCUCCCACUGCGUUUGAGCUACAAAGAAGUAACAGAUCGAAAUCUGUCACCCUCUCCCAGUCAAUUAGAUAUGGGACCAAUACGCAUCAGUUGUAGUUAAAUACAUGGAAAUUGAAAGCAGCAAAAAUUCCUCUCAAAGGUGCGCAUGUUUACCACCGUGCGUCUCGCUCUCCUACGAUGUCGAAACAUCUUACACUGAUUGGAACUGGAAAGGAAAGGUUAAGGCACUAUACAACAACAUUUCCUACGGUGUGCACUUUUCAAGGUUAAGCGUUUAUUACAAAGAUUUGCAGUUUUUGAGCUGCAUGAGGAGCGAGAUGUUUAGUGCGUUCGACUUUGCUUCCAAAGUGGGCGGUCUACUUGGAUUAUUCAUUGGAUUCUCGAUUACGUCGGCAAUUGAAAUCGUGUACUUUGGUACGCUUCGAGUUGGUUUUAACAUAAGAAGGCACGGCAUCGGCGCUUGGUUUGGAGAAACGAAACGUAUGAAGGCCCACUAAAGACCGCAGGCACUAUUUAUUGAUUUUGAGCACAUUGAUUUUUGCCUUUUAUGGGCGUUUCCCGAGUAAAAAAUAUGAAUUUUAGGAUACCUACUGUAAUGUGUUUGAAGCACUAGAAUUUUUCUGCGAUUUUGAAAUUAAGAAGUUCUUGAAUUUCUGUGAUUUUUAUUAAUUCUGUUUAGGUUUUCGAAU